UAUAUAUCUCUUGUGAUAUUGGUAUUGAGCUUAUCAUUGUAUACGUUUGUUGGGUUUGUAAUGUAUGCUGUUUACCACAAGUGUGACCCUGUAAAGAGUGGCAGGGUGCGGAACCAUAAUCAGCUGAUGCCUUUAUUUGUGACGGACAUGUUAUCAUCAGCUCCUGGGGCAGUUGGCUUGCUCGUAGCAUGUGUCGCAAGUGCAGCUCUCAGCACAAUGUCAUCUAUACAAAACGCAAUGGCAGCCGUCUGGCUGGAGGAUUUCAUCAGACCAAUUUAUAGAAAAAUAUACAAUAUGGAAAUAUCUGAUUUCAAAGGAAAACUUGUGGCUCAAAUUAUAGCAAUUGUUUUCGGGAUAUUAGUUAUAGGCGUCGCAUUAUCAGCUGAAUAUCUUGGAUCGACCUUGGUCACUUUACAAGUGCGAAUCGGUGGAAUUGCGGGUGGUCCAAUAACUGGACUAUUUCU